UCAUGGCCAGUGCCAACAGCCAAGGCCUCGUGGUCGGUGCCACAAGGUCAGUGCCCCACAGUCAGCGGCUCUGGCCGGCUCAGACAGGACUCUGUUCUCUCCAGCUCUCCCAUGAGAAGAACACGGUGCUGGGCUUUUGGGUUCACAGGAUGCUGCAGGCGGAGUUCCUGCAGGCCGCCCUCGUCACCAUCUACGACUACUACGAGCCUUCCCGGAGGUGCAGCACUUUCUACAACCUGCCCACAGAGCAAUCUUCCCUGCGAAAGAUCUGCCACAAAGACGUCUGCAGAUGUGCAGAGGAAGCCCAGUGACCAAUUGAGGCAGGAGGAGCUCCAGACAACAGCCUGUGAGGCAGGCGUGGAUUUUGGUACGGACCCUGCCAAACCCCUGGCCAUGAAGAAAUUCGUCUCCCACGCCACCUGCCGUGACUCCCUGGGGUUGCAAGAACAGGAAUUGUACCUCAUCGUGGGCGAGACGUCAGACCUGUGGAGAAUCAAAUCUGAUUACAGCUACGUUCUGGGCAGGGAGACGUUCCUCAUGCUUUGGCCAGCAGAUGGAGAUGCCAGCAAGAAAGAAUUGCGGGACCAACUGGAGGAAUUUUCGGAAUACAUGCGCACCCACGGCUGCCAGUCCUGAGCCUCUUCUGCUUUCAGGGAGGUGUCACCACGCAGCUCUGGGCCACUGGGUUUAACCCCAAAAAAAGAGCACAGGAUAUGACACCCAAACCCUGGACAUUUGUCCCUGUUUCAGCUUUCACCAGGGGACCUGCACAACUUGCUCUGGCAUAAUGUGGACCUGUCUCCUCCCUCUUCCCCUUCUACUUGGGUGGCUGAGGCGGGAGGAUCACUUGAGCCCAGGAGUUGGAGCCUGCAGUGAGCUAUGCUCACUACAUCUGGCUCCGUUCUGACCACACUGGCCUGCCUUGCAUCCUUCCAACACCCACCUCAGCGGGGAGAUGAUUCCCAGCUCUGGGCUUUUGCACCCA